GAUUACUGCGUAGAGGCAGCUUCAGUGCGAUGCUCUGAGUUUCGUUUCGUUUUUGAGGAAAGAGGAGUGCGCGCGCGAGCUCGCUCUGUAUAUAAGAGAGAUGCAGACACUCAUGACUCCUUCACUCACGCCUCAGUGCUCACAGCGCGAGCUCGCUCACAGCUCUCCCCUAACCCCCCCAGACCACUGACCAUGGAGACCAGGAGCACCAGCAGCUGGACGUGUCUGUACCCCAUCAUGUGGCUUUGGCUUAUCUCCUAUGUUGGCUCGUCUCCACUCUCCUCAGUUGUUCACACAUGGUCAGGAGUUGGGCUCCAGGCUGUCCUGCCCUGUACGUGGAAGUCACAUGUGGAAGCUUCAUCCCAGUUACCGUACAUCCAGUGGGAAACCGUGACCGACACCGUGUUUGAACGGAUUGGAGAGCGGAGCUUUCAGGGAGAGGCCUUUAGGAAUCGGGUGGAUGUCCCUAAGGAGAUGCUGGAAGAAGGAAACUGCUCCCUGUUUUUCACAGACGUCCAGUUCGGUGACGCAGGGAUCUACGAGAGCUAUCUGGUAGUUGGUCAGUCAAAGAUCAAGGAAAGGAUUUUCCUCCAGAGCGUCCAGCUUUUGGUAUUUGACCAUAAGCUUAGGUGUUCAGUGGAGAGUGGAAAAGACCUGUUCUUGGAAACGUACACGAGCCAUGCUGAGACGCUGGUGUUCGAGAGCAGCGAGGGCCCUGGGUGGAUCGAGCUGUGGCAGCGAAGUAAAGAGAGAAACAAGAACGGUACAUCCCGAGUGGAGCAGGUCGAGGGGAAGCUGGUGGUCAGGAGGGUCAGGGCCAGUGACAGCGGGAUCUACAAGGUGCUCGACGCUGAUGGGCUGGCACUGAGCACAGUGAGGGUCUCAGUCACAGAUCCUGCUCCGACCAAAGCAACAGUUGUGUUUGAAAAGCAGAGUGCUUUCAGCAGUGUCAGGGUGAACAGUCCAUCUCUCUGUGUCUCUGCUGUCCUGCUGCUCUCCGCUCUCAUACUGAAUCUCCUCUGAGACAGAGCUACAGUCUGAGUUGACUGCUAACGCAGCUCUGCCUGGCCGUGUCACGGUGGGUGGUGCUGAUCGACUGCUGAUGAAAAUCAGAACGAGUGGGUGAGGCAGUGGCUCAGUGGGACGGGGCUCCACGCCCUGAACCUCAGGGUUAGUGGUGCCAAUACCAACCAAGCUACUAGGGGCAUUGAGUAGUAGAGACUCGCCGAGUCUAAUGUCCCUGACCUUCCUCUGACCACUGCCUUUGUGCUCUUGAGCAAAGCACGUAACCCUUGUUAGCUCCAGGGGUCCCUAUAUGGACCCCGUCUAAUUAAGCAUGUGGCUGACUAGCAUAUUAGCUUUCGUUUGGUUUCUGUGGGUUUUAUUUUGUGAAAAGCUCUAAUUAUAGCAUUUCAUUUAACAAUAUACCUGCUAGACCUGCACAGAUGGUCAGUUACUGAUGUUUGGGUGGUGGACGACUCUCAACCUAGCAAUGAUAAUGACUGAAAACUCCAGCAACACCGCUGUGCCUAAUACACACAAGCACCAUCUCAACGUUUGCAUUCUUUAACAAUAAAGUAAUUUUAGUAAGUUGAAGUCAGCACUAGGGAUGUGCAGGGGUGCCUGGCUUGUUUCAAUACUGAAAUCAUCAGGCUGCAUCUCGAAAAAACCUGAGAAAAUAUACAGGCUAACAAUUCAGAGAAAUGCUAUUUUUUGUUUUAACAAAACUGUAAAGUGUGCUCAUAUUUUAUAAAAUACUACACUUGGCUGCUAUAAAACAUUAGGAAUCUUUGUUAAAGAUGUGACUGAGAAGGCAGAGCUAGCGCAGCUGUGCUGCUAACUGCUGUAACUACUAGCUGACGUUAGCUCGGUCCAGAAACAAUGAACACAUUUCUCUGACAAACUGGCAUGCUUACACAUCGUCCACUGAGGAGAAAAGACCUGGUAUAUAAGAAAACAAGUCCUCAUCAGCAUCCAGUGUUGUCCUGGUUAGCUGUACUGUUAGCAUUAGCUCAUCUGAAGAGGCAGCCUCUGUUAUUCAUCCAGCAUGACAGCCUACUGAUUUCCCUCAAAUCUCUUUCAUGUUUUGACUGUGGUGUGAUUCAGAUUUACCCUAAAUUGACUCCCAGCUUGACUCAGACUUACGACUAAAGCCUGAGAAAAUAUACAAACAAAACCAAGCCUUGAAUAAAACUUUUCAUUUUCCACUUUACGUGUGUAACUUAUACUCUCGGUUUUGCUAGUCAUGCAGAGUCAUUACUGCAAUACUAUUCUUCUCCGUCUGCAGUGAUGAGUUUGACACGACUUCAAAUAAUGAGACUUUUAUGACAGAAAAACCUUCAGUCUGAUGGACAGAAUGAAGCGCUACAUGCAGGAAAUGUGGUGUUUUAAGCAAAGAGGCAAAACAACUUGAACCUGUUGGCUAGUUUGGUAUGCCAGCUAGCACAAUAGCUUAUUUAACUGAUGUCAGCUAAUCUAGAUGAAGUUUUAUUAAGGGACAGAUCACAUUCAUUUACUAAAUUUUACAUUCAGUUUUACAUUCAUUUAAAAUUUAUAUUCAAUUUACUAAACAUCGGCCUUCAUAGCAAGAGGACAGUGGACCACUGUUGGCUCACUGAUGACAAAGCUGGUGGUCCACUUGCGUUUUGCUCAGCGUUUUCUGGGCAGCCCACCGGUGUUUAAGCAGAGUAAUAGACAAAAUCCCACUUAUAAUCGCUCCUUUUCUACUCAUAGUCCAAUUUACUUUACCAGCUUUCUUUAGUUAUACAUUGUAAAUUAGUUUAGUAAAUCAUUUUAAUCAGUAAAAUAAUUUUAACAGUGUCAGCAACAACAUUUUCUAUAAAAUCAUUCACAUUAUGUCUAAUCAUUAUCUUUUUUCUCUUAGUUGUUUGUAGUAUUUUAUCUAAAAUAAAAGUCUCUGUGCAUUUAAAAUCUGUUUGAGGAGAUGAAAACUAGUUAGAGCUUGUAUGCAGGACAGCAAUCUGGGUGGUCCGAGGGUGGACCAGCAGUCCAGAUCGGGGUGCCAACUUUAUCAAGCCAGUGGACCGAUAUAUGCUCGCUGUCUGGAAGCUUGAUCCGUUACUGUGCUAGCUAGCCAGCAUACUUGCUGUACAAACUACAGCCUAACCGUUUCAGGUUGUUUUCCUUUACACACUGCAUUUCCUGCAUGUAGCACUUCAGUUCUGCUCCUUCAGACUUUUUCUGGAAUGAAAAGCUCAUUAUUUGAAGCUGACAGGUGUUUUAGUAAAGGUUUACUGUUGUACAAAGCAAAACCCUGCUGAAAAAAACAGCGCAGACCAGCAUGAAUUUCAUACUAGUCUAAGUUGGCUUGUGCUGGUCGUUUGCUGGUUUAGCUGGUUAACCAGUAUGGUCCUGCUGUGGUUGACCAGCAUACCAACAUCCAAAACACAACACAUGCGGUUUUGCUGGUGACUAGCCACCCUGAUCUGUGCUGGCUUUCCUAGCCGGGGUGGCUGCAGCCGAUAACAAGAUUAAACUACAAUUCUCUGUUAAAGGGACUCAGUUAAGUCUGUAUUUAGGUAUUUAGUCUGUAUUUAGUGUCUAAUAAAAACUUUGAGAAGAACUGUGGACAACAUGCUGCACUCAGAGUGAAAUAGCAUAGAAAUUACUUAACCACAAUAUUAUAUUUGUUACAAGAGGAACUAUAUUCAGUUGAUACCAUCUUAUUGGACGUGUAACUUACUAACGUAUCAUAGUUACACUUUCACACGAUACCAGGCUAUCUACCACAUCAGGGUCACUGCAGUGCUGAGAAUGGUCCACCACCCAAACAUAACCAGGUCAACAGCGUUCCUCGCUAUGAAAUUUGUGCAAUAUAGAUUCACAAUUAUGUAAUUAUAUCCAGUUAUCUCUUUAGAAGUUAUGAUAUUUCUGAUUAAAAAUUUUAAGAAAAUUCUUUAUGGCGUUUAUUUAAUUCUGUUCACGUCCUCUUAUUAAUUAUUAUUAUAAGAUUGUUAUGUUAAUUGAUUUCCUUGUGUUUUAUAUUAUUUAAAAAAUAUGCUAAUAAAUAAUGUCCAAUUA